UUUGAUUUUGUUCAUGUUAUCGUAACACUUUGCUGUGGUUUUCCUUGCAAGCGGACAACAAUGGAGGGAAUAUGUUUAUCUUUCCUUUGGACAUUCUUCCUGCACCUCACUUGCUACUGUGCUGCAGAGGAAGGUCUGGAGUUUCCAAACUUUGACGGCAAGGACAGAGUGUUGGAAAUGAACGAGCGCAGCUACAAGAAGGCUUUGAGGAGAUUUGAACUUCUGUGUGUGUUCUACCAUGAACCACUUCCUGCUAACAAGGGCCUGCAGAAGCAAUUCCAGAUGACCGAGCUGGUCCUGGAGCUGACUGCUCAGGUCCUGGAGGACAAAGACAUCGGUUUUGGAAUGGUGGACUCGCAGAAGGAUGCCAAAGUUGCCAAGAAGCUGGGUUUGGAAGAGGUGGGCAGUCUGUACGUUUUUAAGGACGACCGAAUCAUCGAGUUUGACGGACAGCUCUCAGCAGACACUCUUGUAGAGUUUCUCUUGGAUGUGCUGGAGGAACCAGUGGAACAAAUCAACAAUGCGAUGGAGCUGCGAGCCUUCGAAAGGAUGGAGGAAGACAUUCGCCUCAUUGGUUACUUUAAAGGAGAGGAUUUAUACUACAAAGCUUUCCAAGAGGCGUCAGAGCGUUUUCAGCCUUACAUCAAGUUCUUUGCAGUAUUUGAUAAAUCUGUGGCCAAACAUCUCUCGCUCAAGAUGAACGAGGUACAUUUCUACGAACCUUUCAUGGAGGAACCGGUGGUCCUGCCUGGCAGACCUCUGUCCGAGAUGGACAUUGUGGACUUUGUCAACCAACACCGGAGGGCGACUCUGAGGAAGCUGCAGGCAGAAAACAUGUUUGAGACUUGGGAGGACGACAUGGACGGAAUACAUAUUGUUGCGUUUGCCGAGGAGGAGGAUCCAGAUGGAUAUGAAUUCCUGGAAAUCUUAAAGGACGUGGCCAGAGACAACACCAACAACCCAGAUCUCAGUAUUGUCUGGAUCGACCCUGAUGACUUCCCUCUGCUCACCACGUACUGGGAAAAAACCUUCAAGUUGGACUUGUUCAGUCCUCAGAUUGGUGUGGUCAACGUCACAGAUGCGGACAGCGUGUGGUUGGACAUGUCCAACGACGAGGACCUGCCCACUGCCGAGGAGCUCGAGGACUGGAUUGAGGAUGUUCUCUCCGGCAGAAUAAACACAGAGGAUGAUGAUGAGUCUGCUGAGGACCAUGGAGACUUCUACAGCCACCUGACAGACGACAAUGACCACAACCAUGAUGAUGAUGAUGAUGAUGAUGAUGAUGACUAUUAGGUCUUCCAAAACUACUUCAUCAUGUUGGUCGUCACAAGAAACAUUUUACUGCACAUGCUAGGAUCUUUAUGGCUGCUUUUUUCAUCUCUUUUAGACUCAAAGUAAGAAAGAAAUGCUUGUUGAUACAUUGUUAGUAGUACUGCAGGACACAGAUAGCAUGUACAGUACAGGCCAAAAGUUUGGACACACCUUUGCAUUCAAUGUGUUUUCUUUAUUUUCAUGACUAUUUACAUUGUAGA